AUGUCUUCCUCGCCUACAGAUUCUACUCAAAUUAGAGCUUACCUUGAUAAAAAGCUGCAGAACAGAAAAACAGCAACAUGGCUUUGGUCUUCUGCAAUAGAAAAACUAAAACAAAAUAGACCAGCCUCAAAUGAGCCUUAUGAAAAAUUCGUUACCUUCUGGAAGACUGUAUUAACUGAAACAACUGAACAAGGCUUGUUAGGUCCCGACGUGUUAUGCUUUGAAUUCAACGAGAAAAUAAACAAAAAGUUUAAUUAUGACCUUGAUAAUAAUGGAAUAUUAAGUCCACCCGUAAUGACGGCACUUAAUUUGGUCAUACAAGAACUUUGUGAGAGAAAUGAACUAAUACGCUUCGAUGAAUUUAAAGCUUUGUAUACGCAAUCCUGGGCUAAUUGGAUUUUUUCAAGUAUAAUUCUUGGUUCAGUUUGGUGGAGUUAUGAACGCGUCGUUACAGGAGUAAAAGGUGAACCUAAUCCUGGGAAAUACGUUGUAAUGUCGAUUCUUGCGGAAGCUGCCGAACGUGUCUCUAAGCAUCACGCUAAAAUUGCUAUCCAUGGUAUUACCGAUAAUUUAUACACCCUGUCUUCGUUCAAAGAACAAUAUGGUGAAGCAGCGAUGCCUGGUGUAAAGCUUUCAGAUACAGAUUGGGAUAUUUUAUUAACUUACUUGGAAUAUGACCGACAUAUAUUGAUAGCCAGGGCCUGGGAUAAAGAGGGUUUAGGACAUAAAAAUGAAGUGGCAAUUAAAUUUCGCGCAAUCGAUGAUUUGACGCGUAACAAGCUGGAAAUAAACACUAGCUUAGAGCAUGGCAUUUUAAAUAUAAAAGCAACUUCGGAAGCACUUCAUAAACAAAUUGAAAAUUUGGAAAAUCAAGUUAAAGUGCUUGGAGGAAGAAUAAAUAAUUACCUUAGACGUCAGCAAAGAAUAUCUGCCAAAUUAGCAUUAAAGCAAAAGAAAGAAAUCGAAAAGAUACUUGAUAAGAGGAUCGAUUCACUACAUACACUUGAGACUAUUCUUAUGAAAAUGCAAGAAUCGGUAACACAGCGAGAAAUAGUGGAAGCAUUUGAUGUAGGGGCGACUACACUUCAAAAUGUACUAAGUGGAUCGGGUGUAACCUUUGAUUCCGUGCAAGACACAAUGGACAAACUUGAAGACGUGUUAAUGGCACAAAAUGAAAUUGAUGAGGCAUUGACUACUGCGAACGAGACCAUCUUAACUUCAACUACUGAAGAAGACGAGGAAUUGGAGAGAGAACUGGCAAAGUGGCAAAAGUCGGAGAACAUCAAGGAAAUCCCAAAAGCACAAAAAGAAUCGAAAGAUGCAGAAAUUUUGGUAUUAGAACAAAAGUUUUCACAAUUGAGCACGCUUCCUACUCCUCCAAAAAAUAUUCCCACCAAUAUUGAGGAAACUCCGACCAUAACUAAGGAAAUAAUUAAAGAAAAUGACCGAAAUAAAGAGAAAGAUCAACAAGAGCCAGAUGACAAAGACGUUUUGUUUUUGCCCGCCUAUUGA